AUGGUCUCCUUCACCCACGUCCUCGCCCUCGCCGCCGCCAGCUUCGCCGCCGCAGGCCCCAUCUCCCAGGAGUCGCAGUCCCUCGAGCGUCGGGCGCAAGACUGGACCUGCCCCAGCUUCACCCACGUCAACGCCGACUACAACCCGCUGGGCUGCUGCGUCUACGGAAACAACGCCGUUGAAUGCUGCAACCUCCCCGGCAAGCUCUUCAACGGCCAGCCCUACAACGCCCAGUCGCUGUCCUGCGACAGCGAGUGGUUUAGCAGCCUCGGCAAGUGGACGCUCCUUUGGGACUGCGCCCAAGGCUUCAAGUCUGGCGCCGCCUGCGUGGGCGUGCCCAAGAUGCCCAAGGUGACGAUCACCUGGCCCGUGGAGCCCCAGAGCGGCAACUAGGCUGGUUGAGGAGGGAUUAGGUUGGGGGUUUAUCUGUGACUAUCAUGGGCAUUUGAAGUUGGUCAGCUUUUAGCGUCUGGGUUUUUGUCUUGAGAAAUAUAUGUGUGCGAUGAC